CGUAGAAUUAAUUGUACCACCAAUUAUAGCUGAUCAGCACCAAGCUACUGCAUUGACCGAAACUACACUUUUGCAAUCAUAUGGAUUCGAUUCAGUUGUACAAUCUGAUGGCUACACCCUCGUUAACCCAAUGGAAACAGUGUUGUACAAUCAGCCACCAUGUGACAACAUAGACAUAGAGUUAAAAAUAGUUUUAUCCGGGAAAACUGGAGUAGGUAAAAGUUUUCUGGGAAACUGUUUGUUGGCGAAACAGUUGUUCGAAUCCCGAGUAGAUUUGGAUUCAAUUACAUCUAAAUGUUCGUCCGGUACACGUAUACUAAACGACGGCACGGUAAUUAGGGUAUUUGAUACGCCAGGAUUGUUUGACACUCAGUAUAAAACAGCUGAAUUAGUAAAACACUUGUUUUCUCUAUCGUCUUUGACUGCCCCGGGACCACAUGUUUUCCUGUAUGUGCUGAGAGCUGAUGAUAAACUUACAAUAGAAAACAGAGAUUCUAUUAACCUGUUUUAUGAAAUAUUUGGAGCCGAGGUAAAUAAGUAUGUGAUUUUUGUCUUGAAUAGAAAACCAGUGGAGAUAGACGCAAACAAACUUAUUGACAAGUGCGAAUUUUUGAAAACCAUUUUGAAAGAGUGUCAUAAUAGAUAUGUGACUAUAAAUUUUGCUGACAGAGACACUGGUGUUGAGAAGUGUGUUGACAAUCUUCUACAAAUGAUCCUUGACACCGUUAGAGACAACCAUCUAAAAUACUAUUCAAGUGAUGUAUUCGAAGAAGGCGAACGCUUGUACAAUGAAAAACAAGAAUUAAAGAAACAACAAGAAGAUAUGCAAAUCCAGCUGGCAGAUAAAGACAAAAAAAUAACCGAACUGAAACAUCAACUAUCCUUACAAACAGGCUAUAUAAAGAAAGAAUGUGGCCGAAUGCGCGACCAGGAUUAUGACAAAAUACAGAGUAAAUUUUCCUUUCUUCUAAAAAACUUGAAUAAUCCACUGGAUUUAUGUAUUGCAUUAUUUAGUAGAGGAGUAUUCAACUCAGAUGAUAAAUAUCAAAUAGAGGCAAUACAAGAUAGGGGAAAACAAUGUAACAAACUUUUGACGAAAGUGUUGGAUGAAUGUGGCCCCAACGUAUUUCCAAAAUUCAUAGAUGCACUUAGUUCUACAGGACACAGUCAUGCGAGGGCGGUAUUACUGGGAGAAAAGUUUCCGGUUUAUUUCUACUGAAUAGUAAAAUAUACACGAGGAGGACUGUGGGAAUCCAAGACAUUGUGUUACAAAUAUGACUUUGCCAGAGACUGACUUCCAUCCAGAUUACAAUAAUCGUAAUAGCCAACAGUUCAUGUAUUUAGCGAACCACCUGGGAAAUGCUAUGGUGAAGGAGGUAAAACGUCAUGGUUCGGGAGAAACUUGGGCUAUUGUAAUAGAUAUAAGGAAAGGAUCAAUAAUAGUAACCUUUGUCUUUACUACCUAUCCGAAGACUAACAAUAUAAAUUUACAACCAAUCCUGGAACAAAUUUUGGAAUCAGGAUAUAUUGGUCCAUAUAAAGUGUCAAGAGACCAUUUUUCAUUUUGUCGAAUUGGAGACUGGCAAGGGAUACCAGACCAAAGAAAAGAAGACAUAUUAUGUCAGAGUAAAGAUACACCCGAACAAAUAUUCUGGAAUCGUUUACAUCGAGCUAAAGUCGAUGGGAAUAUCCUAGAAUUUAUAAAGACAAUAUCACUUGAAAAGAGAAAAUCGGACCCGGAGCAUCUAGUUUAUUCUGGGGAAUAUCAAACUAAC